GCAUGGCAGGGUUGCUAAGCGGUAUUCUGAGUGGGACAGAGAAGACGCCGUCUGUCCUGGUUCAAGACUGUAGUCAGAGGAACGGGAGACCGCUGCUGAAGGCGUUUGCUCUGCAGUGUCUCAGAAGGUGACGUCACCACUCUAGCUGCCGCUCUGUGAUUGCUGGUUUCCCAGGUUUCCCUCCUGCCACGUCUUCUUGUUUGACCUUCAUCCCGAGACCUGGUCACAAGGCCUCCCACAGGACCCUCUUCAAAGAUUAACCAUCCAUGACUGUUUCACUGACCACCUCGGGUGGAGAAAUGGCUCUGGCCCCGCCCCGUUACACGAGGCCACACCCACUAGUUUCUUCAGCUCAAUGGGAGAGGCCACACCCCCUGAUUGUCCGGUGAUAAUUGACUCUCUGUCGACUCUACUGGAGUUCCACCCUACCUCUCAUGUGUGCCGUCUCCUACACCAAAUUGGAAGGAGGUGUGGUUUGGUGGUGUGUCUGCUGCAUUCUGACCUCCAUGGUCGUCAUGUGACAUCACAAGUGGAUCAUGUGAUGUCCACAACUAUAGACCUUGUGGUUCCACAGUCGCCAGGUCAACUGAAGGUCAAAGUUAAACACCGCAAGACCACGGGAAAAGUUCUGGUAUCAACUGAAGUGGUUGCCAUGGACGAUAGCUACGAUAUGACAUCAUCUCCACAAGUCACCUCCUCGCUCCUCACACCCUCCCACCCUGUACCAGACCCCACCCAAAACUUGACCUUUGACCUCACUCUGAGCGAGAGGGAAAGGGAGGAGCGCAGGAAGCUGGUUCUGCCGUAUCAUCACUCAGCCGGGAAGAAGACUGCCUUGCUGCAGGCAGGGUCAGGGAGGGUGUUCUACACACCAGAUGAAGCUGAUGACUAUGACGACUCAGAUCCUGAUGAUGACCUUGAUAUUUGACCCACUCAUCAACUGGACACCAUGAACCACUACAUUUUCACCUCACACCUCAUUCACUGCCAAUGAACCAUCUGUUUAAAACCAUGCGCAUUUCCUACAUUGUGCUAUAUAGCCAGUGGAGCAGCGUCCAUGAGCACAAGCAGUGUAUCAGGCAUGACGGGGCAAGACAUAAUGCAAGUCCCAACUUUUUUAGAAUCAGUGGCCCGUUGUGUGAAUGUGAGGUGAAAAUCAUAACACA